GCGCGGCGUCCCGGCGCUGCUCGCGGGGUGGACUCGGACCCCGCGGGGGUGUCGCGCGCGUGUCUCGCGGGCUGCUCGAGGCCAGGGGACUCGGAGCCGCCGCUGCACCGCGUGCUCCCAGCCCAGGAGGAAGGCGCUGCCUGGCGGAGCGCUUGGCUCGUACCCGGGGCAGGAGCCGGGGAGGUCUGCGAAAGCCGGGAGCUAGCCGGGGAGGGCCGGGGAGCUGGAGACCCUCGGCGCGCCGCUGCGGACCGCGCAGGUGGCCGACCGCGGGUGCCAGGGCGACCCAGGCUGCGGCUCCGCAGUGCAGCCCCCGCGCCCACCUGCCCUGGCGCGCCGGCCCUGUGCCUUGCAGAGAGAGGAGUAGCUUGCUGGCUUUGAACGCGUGGCGUGGCAGAUAUUUCAGAAAGCUUCAAGAACAAGCUGGAGAAGGGAAGAGUUAUUCCUCCAUAUUCACCUGCUUCAACUACUAUUCUUACUGGGAAUGGACAAUGGAAUGUUCUCUGGUUUUAUCAUGAUCAAAAACCUCCUUCUCUUUUGUAUUUCCAUGAACUUAUCCAGUCACUUUGGCUUUUCACAGAUGCCAACCAGUUCAGUGAAAGAUGAGACCAAUGACAACAUCACGAUAUUUACCAGGAUCUUGGAUGGGCUCUUGGAUGGCUACGACAACAGACUUCGGCCCGGGCUGGGAGAGCGCAUCACUCAAGUGAGGACCGACAUCUACGUCACCAGCUUCGGCCCGGUGUCCGACACGGAAAUGGAGUACACCAUAGACGUGUUUUUCCGACAAAGCUGGAAAGAUGAAAGGCUUCGGUUUAAGGGGCCCAUGCAGCGCCUCCCUCUCAACAACCUCCUUGCCAGCAAGAUCUGGACCCCAGACACGUUCUUCCACAACGGGAAGAAGUCCAUCGCGCACAACAUGACCACGCCCAACAAGCUGCUGCGGCUGGAGGACGACGGCACCCUGCUCUACACCAUGCGCUUGACCAUCUCUGCAGAGUGCCCCAUGCAGCUUGAGGACUUCCCGAUGGAUGCGCACGCUUGCCCUCUGAAAUUUGGCAGCUAUGCGUACCCUAAUUCUGAAGUCGUCUACGUCUGGACCAACGGCUCCACCAAGUCGGUGGUGGUGGCGGAAGAUGGCUCCAGACUGAACCAGUACCACCUGAUGGGGCAGACGGUGGGCACUGAGAACAUCAGCACCAGCACAGGCGAAUACACAAUCAUGACAGCUCACUUCCACCUGAAAAGGAAGAUUGGCUACUUUGUCAUCCAGACCUACCUUCCCUGCAUAAUGACCGUGAUCUUAUCACAGGUGUCCUUUUGGCUGAACCGGGAAUCAGUCCCAGCCAGGACAGUUUUUGGGGUCACCACGGUGCUGACCAUGACGACCCUCAGCAUCAGCGCCAGGAACUCUCUGCCCAAAGUGGCCUACGCCACCGCCAUGGACUGGUUCAUAGCCGUGUGCUAUGCCUUCGUCUUCUCGGCGCUGAUAGAGUUUGCCACGGUCAAUUACUUUACCAAGAGAGGCUGGGCCUGGGAUGGCAAAAAAGCCUUGGAAGCAGCCAAGAUCAAGAAAAAGCGUGAAGUCAUACUAAAUAAGUCAACAAACGCUUUUACAACUGGGAAGAUGUCUCACCCCCCAAACAUUCCGAAGGAACAGACCCCAGCAGGGACGUCGAAUGCAACCUCAGUCUCAGUAAAACCCUCUGAAGAGAAGACUUCUGAAAGCAAAAAGACUUACAACAGUAUCAGCAAAAUUGACAAAAUGUCCCGAAUCGUAUUCCCAGUCUUGUUCGGCACUUUCAACUUAGUUUACUGGGCAACGUAUUUGAAUAGGGAGCCGGUGAUAAAAGGAGCCGCCUCUCCAAAAUAACCGGCCACACUCCCAAACGCCAAGACAGCCAUACUUCCAGCGAAAUGGUACCAAGGAGAGGUCUUGCUCACAGGGACUCUCCAUAUGUGAGCACUAUCUUUCAGGAAAUUUUUGCAUGUUUAAUAAUAUGUACAAAUAAUAUUGCCUUGAUGUUUCUAUAUGUAACUUCAGAUGUUUCCAAGAUGUCCCAUUGAUAAUUCAAGCAAACAACUUUCUAGAAAAACAGGAUAUGAUGACUGACACUCAGAUGCCCAGUAUCAUACGUUGAUAGUUCACAAACAAGAUACGUAUAUUUUUAACUGCUUCAAGUGUUACCUAACAAUGUUUUUUAUACUUCAAAUGUCAUUUCAUACAAAUUUUCCCAGUGAAUAAAUAUUUUAGGAAACUCUCCAUGAUUAUUAGUUGACCAACUAUAUUGCGAGAAACAGAGAUCAUAAAGAGCACGUUUUCCAUUAUGAGGAAACUUGGACAUUUAUGUACAAAAUGAAUUGCCUUUGAUAAUUCUUACUGUUCUGAAAUUAGGAAAGUACUGCAUGAUCUUACACGAAGAAAUAGAAUAGGCAAACAUUUAUGCAGGCAGAUUAAUAACAGAAAUACAUCAUAUGUUAGAUACACAAAUAAAAUAUUUCCCUGAGGAAAAAAAUUAACUGCUUAAAUUUUUUGGGAGGAAAAAGAAACAUUUCUUACCCCACACCACCCGCUACCUGAACAAUAGCCAAGAAAGGAAAGGAGAUGUUAAAACAAACAGUGUUUUGAUGACAUUCUCAGCACUUGGCUCAUGUGAUCGCUGUCUCUGAAACACUGACCACCUCUCCCUACAGCCAGCGUGUAGUGCUUCAGUGGUGAGAAAUCGUAAUUGAGUUAUUUUCCAUUUUAUUUCCUUGUAUGUAUUUCAUGACUGGACUUACUGCUCUGUCAGCUUUUGUAUAUGAAUCUUAAAUGUUCAUUAAAAAAUAAAAAAUGAACUGA